ACUUCUUUACAAUCAAAUCUGCCUAGUGACUUCUGAUGAAAAAUCAUUACAAAAUUAGAAGUUUAAGAGCGGUGGAGAAAGUCCAAGUGGGAGGGGGUUAAUCGCAAAACGUUUUUAAGAAUGGUGCCCCCCAAUCAAUACAGUGUAGAGUCAGUGGCACAACUGUAGCCAUUGUUGGGAGUAUUUCAAGUUGUAAAACCACAGACGAAAAGAUUGUCUGAGGAACGUUUUUUCUACUGAAUUUGAGUUUUUAGAAGGUAAUGGUACUUCAUUGUGCGGUUUGAGGCUCUAGAUACGGUCUCAUAAUUUGUGUUGUCUCAGAAUAGAGUGCCUGCAAUGGUAUUCAGAUAGUUGGAUAUAGCUAUUUGGGACAUAUUGUUCAGUAUAAAAAAUUCCUGAGUAUACUUCGUCCUACCCAUUAUUUCGUGUAAGAAAAGUGUUUUGUUGUAGCGAUGUUCUGGACAUGAUAUUGUGAUCGCUUCCUAAGAACUGCUGUGCUAGGACUUUUGCGCCAGGCAAAGCGAAUGUGUUGAAAUAGUCACUAGUGACAGGGCCAGGGUUUGGACUUUUGUGAGAACUUUUCAAAUGCAUGGAAGUUUCAUCGACCAUACCUUGAUUUAGAACGGGGACAGACUUCUGGCAUCAUCUUCAACUGAACAGUGUUUAAAAUCGCUCCUUGAUCUUCAAAACGUUAGCUGCUAGGUUUACAUUUGAAGGAACAUUCCAUCAUCUCGGCACCUGCAUGUAAUCAUCAAUAUGUCAAUCUGUUGAACAUGAUAGGACGAACCAUGGCAUCGCAGGCAGCGAAGAAUUUGGUAAUCUUACUUUUUUUUACAUUUUGUGCAUAUAAGUCCUGAUUUCUGUGAAAUAUUAUUGCAAUUCAGUAUGUCGUCCAUGCCCUUCACUAAUUUACCAUGUAAGUGGCUUGUAAUGUAUCACCCACAUAUUGAAUGACCGGCUAUCGUUACCUAAGUACUCGCACUCACAGUAUCUCUGGUUACCGUAUCAUAUCAGGACGUUUUAACCUUAGCCGACAAGGCUGAGGAUGGGCAAUCGUCAGUGGGACAAACAGCUCGCCUGUUGGGCAGAAAUCAAUAAACUCACUGGAUCCCAGUGAGAUACUGGCAUAAUCAUCCAUUGCAGCGAGGGAGGCAGUUGGAUAGCUUGCAAACUCCUGUUAUCAUGGUGUAAGAUCAAAACUAUGCCUGUGGUUGAAAUUCGUUUGGAUAAUGCCGUGAUCGCUUCCGGAAUAUGUAUUAUUUUGCCGCUUUGGUAUAUUCUACACUUAACAGAUCGAGUGACCUUCUGAAAGUUGAAGUUACAGUACGCAGUUUGGAUACGGCCGCGGUCCUUUCUUGAAGUGUAUGACAAUUGUAAUAGUCAACUCCAGUUUGCAAGAACAGCAUCAUGCUAAACGGAGGUUCCCAGCUUUCGAUAGGGUCACCGGCGUCCUAUCUUCAAGUGAAUUGACCUGAGUCACUGUGAUGAUGUUUCAUAAAAAACUUUCGAGAUGGUUCCGGUUACUAACUGCAACACUCCUUGUUGCUAUGUUAUGGAUGGUUGCUAUGGUAGUCUAUUUUGACCGUGCUGUCAGUCAUGAUAGGUCAAGGUCAAAAGAUCAAAGGUCGAGUGUGCCAAUGAGGAACAAGUUACGGGGAAUACUGGGACAUGAUCAGGACUCUUAUCUUGACCAUCUCGAUUUUGUGCAAAAUGUUAUUGUAAUUGCUGACGAAUCAUUAGAAGACCGAAAGAUUUCUUUAUCAACCAAUAAAAAGAUCGAUUCCGGAAAGGAAGAAUUUGAAAUUGAUAGCUCUGGCCCUUUCUAUAUCGAUUCGAAAAAUGACUUGCGUCAUGUGACAAAAGAGGAUCAUUUCCAAUUCGGUCCAGGUCGUAAAAAAGUUUUGAGGGUUACGACCCUGGGCUCCAGGGGUCAGAUAUUGCCAUCAUUACAAAGAGACAAGGUUUAUUAUAACAGACGGACAACAAAAUCUGACGACUUCGGUCAUAUUCUUCCACCAAAGCAGUCUGUCAUGGUAGUUACGAAUGCCCCAACGACUCAAAUUGCCCCAACUUUAAGGAAACCAGAAUUUUCCCGGCUUUCUCUGCCAUUUUGUGCCUUUGCAAAGGGAUGUUAUCUGAGUCCUUAUCGGAGUAUGACAGCAGAUGAGGAGAGGGACUUGGACCAUGGGAUGAAACGUCAUGCAUUCAACGUCCGAGCAAGCGAGAAAAAGGCAUUGGAUAGACGUAUACCAGACACUAGGCCUAGCAGUUGUCUCUCCCAGACCUUCAAAAUCACGGAUCUCCCAUCUGCCAGCAUCAUCAUCUGUUUCCACAACGAGGCUCUCUCCACGCUGCUUCGGACCCUCACAACAGUCUUCCUCCGUACCCCAAGUCAGUUAUUGAAGGAGGUCAUACUAGUCGAUGACGCAAGUGACUUUGAUUAUUUGCAAUCAAAGAUUGAGAAUUAUAUCAACAGCUCCUCAAAGAUCAAGCUCAUUCGGCAGAAGGAUAGAAAGGGGUUAAUCAGGGCGAGGAUGAUUGGGGCCAAGGCAGCUACUGGUAGCGUCUUAGUUUUCCUGGACUCGCAUUGUGAAUGUAACACUGGAUGGCUGGAACCACUACUAGACGAGAUACGACUUGAUAAAAAACAGAUUGUUUGUCCAGAUGUUGAUGUGAUAAAACCUGAGACCUUUGAUUACGUCCGUGCCCCACGCAAUGUUCAUGGAAGCUUUGACUGGAAUUUGAAUUUCCAAUGGGAGAACCUGCCUCACAGUGUUAUGUACAAGCGCCAGACUGAGGCAAACAAAAUUCCGACCCCUGUAAUGAUUGGUGGCCUGUUUGCUGUUGAUCGGCAAUACUUCUUUAAUAUUGGUGCUUACGAUGAAGACAUGGGUGUGUGGGGAGGAGAGAACCUCGAGAUCUCAUUCAGAGUGUGGAUGUGUGGUGGUCAGAUAGAGAUCAUCCCCUGCUCAAGAGUGGGCCACGUAUUCCGUCGAACGAUACCAUACACAUUCCCCAAUGGUUCAUACCUGACGAUACGGCGUAAUUUGGUGCGUGUCGCUGAAGUCUGGAUGGAUCGAUAUAAGAAGUAUUACUACGCCUCUCGGGCGCUGCCCCCUGAUCUUGACAUAGGAAUCGAAUCUCUUGCCAUCCGUAAGAGAUUACGCGAGAGGUUGAAGUGUCAUGACUUUGACUGGUAUCUGCGUACGGUGGCAGUGGGGGUCGACGUGCCUCCCAUCUAUGCACUGUAUUAUGGUGAGGUUAAAAACAAGAGGUCUGGGAUGUGUCUUGACUCGUUAGAUGCUGAUGAAGGUGCUCAACCAUUAUUCAUGAUCUGCCAUGGUCAGCGCGGCAAUCAGUUAUUCUACCUCACAGUGAAUGGUGAUUUCAUCCAUUCUGAUGUUUGCCUGGCCAUGUCGCCCAAUGGUGAUACUGUUAUCUUUGUAGCCUGUGACUCGACACCGACCAAAUGGAUAUUCACUAAUGAUGGCCAGUUGCAAGUCCUCGGACACGACAAGUGCCUCACAGUUUCAAACCUGGCCGUGGAACUGACGUCAUGCAUCGGUAGUAAUCACAGUCAGAUGUGGACAUUCACGUACCAUUUUGACUACAGUCUUCUGAAGGAAAUUUAGAAUAUCAAUUGCCACUUCAAGGUGUUAUAAAUUGCUAAUAAAACAUAUCUGUGAUGACUGUUUAAUAGAAUACUUCCUGGAAAAAUUACAAUCCCUGGAACCUCCAGUCCAUAUAAUAAAAUUGUUGGUGGUCUAUUGCCAUUGGUGUUAUUCGAGUUAUUUAAAGGAUGCUUCAUCUGAUAGAAACGUCCAUGAGUGAUUACACUUUAUUAUUGUGUAGUUGUACCAGUAUAGACCCAUGGUGCUGUAACACUGUUAUCAAAGUCAAA